AUGUUAUCAAUAAGUUUAUUAUUUGUUUGCGUUUCUACUUUGAUUGGAUAUGUACAUGGUGCAAAUCAAUGUGAAGCUUUUAUUGAUCUAACACUGAUCAUUGAUUCAUCGAAUAGUGUACCUGAAAACGAUUUCGAACAAGGCAAAAAUGCUCUGCUCGAUCUUGUCAGUCGUCUCAAUGUCGGUGCAGAUAAAGCCGGUGUUGCUGUGUUGAACUUUGCAUCAACAGUUUCGCUCAGUGCUAAUACUGAUGUAUAUGAAUUCGAUCGAACUGAAUUACUCCAACAAAUAGCCGCUCUACCACGAUUGGCAACCAAUACGGCCACUGGCGAAGCUUUAGCUUUGGCAAAGACUUAUUGUCAAAAUCGUUGUCGACAAACGGCGCGCGCAGUUCCUCGAGUUUUUGUCAUAUUUACUGAUGGACACAGUAAUACAGGUCGACCGCCCAUACCAAUUGCGAACGAAAUACGUUCAAGUCCAAUUGAAGGAACAAUCUUUGCUGUUGGCAUCGGAAACAUCGGUCCCGAUGGUAACAAAGAAUUGUUAGGAAUAACCGAUGAUGCCAACUAUAUCAUGAAUAUCAAUUCAUAUUUGGAUUUGGCUCGUGUUACAAAUGCUAUUACAGAAAAAAUGUGCGAAUUCCCUGCCUUUGUCCUGCCCGAUACUACUAUAGAAUUUGCAGCACCAUCAAAUUCCAGCCGAUAUUACAAAAUGCAUACAGUAAAGAAAAAUGCCUUUUUCGAAAUCGAAUUCAAAGACCAAGAAGGACAAGCUGUGGUGUAUACAUCUACUACAAGUAAGAAACCGACUUCAUACACAUCAAAGAGCAUGACAAGCCGUCGUAGUGCUAAUGGCAAAAAGAUCUUUACAACGUUCGUGUCUGCUGAUGCAAAGAAUUUUUAUUUUAGCGUCAAAGGUACGGCAAGAAUGAAUAAAUCGCAGUUUAUUGUACGUGUUCGUCCUGUUGAGUUUUGA